GUGCAAAGCAUCCGCAUGCUUUUUGAGCAAGCAAAGCGGCGAGAGAAGCACAGAUCUAUGGAUGCUUGGAAGGGAGCAGCCACAAGAUGUCGAUGUUUGCGUGAGCACCAGCUGCGUGUCUCGCAUCAGAGAUGUAACCAGACUCUGGCUCGCGCGAUACGACUCUGGGAGCAGAGGCUGGACAACUUGUUAGUGAUUUGUUGUGCAAGGUGGUCGAAGUGGGUUCGGCACCGGCGGAGUUUGCAAGAAUUUGAUGUUGCUUGCUGGCAUCGAAUCUGCCGGAGGGCCAUGGAUGCUUGGGUGAGGGUCCUACAAUUGGAAGCCAUUGCUGCAAAAGUGAGGAGUUCGUUGAAUUUGCGAUUGCAGCUGAUGAUGUUCCAGGUUUGGGUAGCACAGUGGCAUCAUGACCGCAAGGAAUCUGUAUUGUUACGCCUCUCCGCACUGUUCUUGCGGAACACAGGACUUAAAUGUGGUGUACGAGCUUUUCAGCGGAACGUGUGCUCCGAAACGCGCAAGAGAGCCCUUGCAAAGGCACAACAUCUUGUGCAAGAAGCCCGUGAGCAAAUCCUCAAGGUCUGCUGGGAGACUAUGUUGCAAUACUCGGAGCAGAGGAGACUGAUCAAGUUGUACCGGAGCUGGGCUGAUGUGCACUGGCUUCGAACUCGAUUAGGAGCUGCGUGGCAGGUUUGGCUCGCAUGGCAUCGCAAGAGAGGAGUUGUCAUUGCUAUGCGCAGUGGUCCCCAGAUGUUGGCAUCGUGGCGAUGGCUGCGUGUUCAUGCGGCAGCACAUCCCACAAGGCCGCGUUUGCACCUUUCGGGGGUUCAGCUGCGGGAUGGCGCACCAUGGCAGCAAGUGGCCGCAGCAGAGAUCCUGUAUGGCUCUGCUCCCUUUGAAGUCCAUCCGCACCAUAUGAAGGUUAUGCAAGGAGACAUCCUGAUGAUCUUCGCAAGCACGCUCUUGAAAAAGAUGAUGGCUGCAUGGGUUCAUGAGGUGCAAAGCAUCCGCAUGCUUUUUGAGCAAGCAAUGCGGCGAGAGAAGCACAGAUCUAUGGAUGCUUGGAAGG